AUGACGACAAAUCAGCCACUGCAGGCCGGUAACAACAGGUCUUCAACAAUGACAGGAGGUCAUAAUGAACAACAACAACCAUCAUUAUCAUCACCUUCAUCAUCACCAUCUUCAACCAAUAUCCAAUCAAUCAUUCAACAACACACCAAGGUAGUUAUUGACCGAGCACUUGUACAUUUAUAUAUGGCAUCAAGACUACCUUUUAUGUGGACUGACAAUGAUGAUACUGCCCAACUAUUAUUAUUACAACUAUUUCAAUGUUUUCUAAAAGAUUUUUCUUCCCCUAAUCAAAAUAAUAAUAAUAAUCAAAAUAAUUACAACAUUUCAAUCAAUACUAAAAUAAGUACUGAUAAUCCAAAGAAUAAUCUAUUGAUUGGUGGUGUUACAUUGUUGGAUGUAUUGGAUCAAUUAGAGAAUGAUCUUGCCAGACCACCUUCUGCAUUGGAGUUGUCUGAUCGUAUUAGAUUGCAGAUUGAGAAUCUACACCAGAAUGGACCUGCUCAACCACUGAUCAUCUACUUUAAAAACUCAAAUUGUAUGUUGUUGAUCCAGUUUGUAAAGAAUAGACAAUCGCAUAUUGUCCGUGCUCGUUUGUCUGUCAUUCCACUGUAUCCAAGCAUCGAGUCAUUCUCCAACAUUACCACCAAGCUCCGCCACACUGUACCCGAUCCAAGUUACAUCUCCCAGGAUGCUUCCCAAUUGACUCUUGCAUUCCUCAGCUAUCUGGUACAACUCCGUGAUGUUCCAGAACCCAUCCCCAUCUCUUUUGAAUUGAAAAAGCAUAUUCAAAUCUUGAGAGAUAAGAAUAGAAAGAAUCAUGGAAGACACCAUCACCAUAGACAACAACCACCACAAAAGAAUGAUACUACCAUCACACACUACAACAAGUAUGGAGAGAAUGAAGCCAAGAUUGGAUUGGUCACCUCUGCACUCAGUGAAUGGUUGAUUCCUUCCAUGUCCAAUGGUGGCGUGCAACUCGACAGCCAUGCAGUCACACUUGUCAAAAGUGUCAGACCAGAGAUUAUAUCCCCACUUCCCCACCAAGUCGAACUCGAAGAAUCUGCAUGUGGCGAAGAUCUUGGAGGAAAUGAUGAUGAUGACAGAAUAUCCAAAGAUUCAGUACCAUGGAGAAGAUCACCUCUUUGGAUUGGUAUCAAAUCAAUUAUUCAUCUUUUAUUCUUAGAGAAUGGUUCAUUUGAAUCAGAGGAAGAAGUAGAAAAAGAAGAAGGGUCGUGUUCUCAGUCAAAUCCAAACAAUAUUGUUUAUAAAUCAAUGAUGUUAUGCUUUAUGAGUUUUGUGGCCGAACAUGUAGUUUCAUUGGAUCCCAACUUUUUCCAAGUCACUGCCAAGCUUGCAAAACGGUCCGAAAAGUUAAUGAACGAUUCCAAUGAAGAGUUGUACGAACAUGCUAUCAACUAUGCCAGUCGUGUCUCUGAGAGCUUGUCGAGUCGGUUCAACAAGGACUGGAAUCAAUUUGUCGAGCGUUGUAAUUGGUAUGGCAACGUUGACAGCAUUUGCCAGGGGUUCAACGACUCUCAAGACUUUACAACCGUGUUUGAUUUCACUGAAAUCAAAGACUCUGCUCGUGAACAAAUCCAACAACUUUUAACCAAGCCAGUCACUCCCAAGCAACCAGCCGCUGCUCCAUCCACACAGAAACCUGCUGCUGCUUCGACAUCUUCAUCGGCAAACCAACGAAGAAAACCUAGACAGAGAAAACAACAAAAUGAAAGUAGCAGUGGUGCGUCGUAUAGCUCAGUACCAACCAAAGUACCGAGUAAUAUGGCCGACCAACGAGCAGACCGUAUUCUGAGGGAGGUGUAUGACAGAAUGGCCGAUUUGUGCGAUUGUCAAGACUGGCUACUUCGAACGGUCGUUUUAAACGACCUCGAAUUUUUGAUCAAUACCCUUUGGCUAAAGCGACCAGAAUUGAUCAGUGUCAGUUCGUCCUCCUCGGAUAUCUAUGGAUUACUCAAAAACUACAUCAAGGUCGCCAGUCAACACUAUGAACGUGACCCAGCUUUGUACAGCAGAAUAGCACUCUUUUCAUUUACGCUGGUUGCUACAUUGGACUUUGUUGUUGGGUAUCGUUGUCAAGACCCACAAUUGUACACUAGUAUCCCCAUCUUUAUCAAUGUCGAUGUACUCAGUCAUGUUAUGGUCGCCUAUGAAUGGGAGACAAACCAAUUGCACGAUUUGGAAAAGUACUUUCUUCUUCGUAAAUGCAAGCAGAGUAAUGGCGACCACUCUAUCUUUGGUGUUGGCGAGUAUGGUCUUGCACUUCCAUGGGCCAAGAAACAUCUCACCAAUGACUUGCUAAAGAGACGACAAGACGACAAUCGUCGUGCUCUCGAAAAGGAAGAGGAUUUUAGAAACCUUCAAAAGCAACUUCGUCACGAAAUCCAAGGUCUCGAAGCCAAACACAAACUAGAUCCACAAAAAUCACUUCAAGACAAGAUUAAAAAGGCUCGUGAUCAAAAAAUUACUCCCUUUGAAAGAUAUUUACCAAAGAAUGAUGAUCAAGCAAAUAUUGUUAUUUUUGAAAAUUUCCUUACUCGUUAUUCUGAUUUUAGAAUUAUUAGAGAUUGUUUUGCUAUAUUGGCAGAAUUUUGUUCAGGAGGUAAAGAUACAAAAUUACCAAAAAAGAUGGUUGAUUUUUGGAUAUCAAAACAAGGAUGGAAUAAUGAAUUACCAUUGGUAUUGUUGCGUAGUCAAUAUGCACGUAAAUAUAGAAAUGAUAAACAAUUGGUUGUAUUAAAUACAACUGAAAAGGAGAUUGUUGCAGAUAGUAAGAGACAUCCAUCCAAGAUCACUUUUGGUGCUGAUGAAGGUGUACCAGAAAUAUCAAAUUGGUUACAUAUUAAAAAGAAAUUUAUUUUCAAAUUACCAAUCCCUCCUUCUUCUUCAUCCUCUUCAAACAAACCAAACCACCACCGAAACAAGAAUGAAUUAAAAAAGAAAAUUGAAAAGGAUCAAAAAGAGAAAUUAAACAAACAAAUGGUGAAUGGUUUGGUUAGUGCAGAGAUUAAUCCAUUACAAUGGAUUAUUGAUAAUGAUAUUAUUGAUGAAAAUCAAGUAUUGGCAACACAGUGCAAGGCACCUCUUGGUAUGAGACCAUACGAUUAUAUCAAAUUUGGUCAACUUCGUAGUGGAGGUGGAUUCUUGCAUGUUAGAAAUCUUCUUCGUUAUCUGUCAGAGGAUGGAAACGAUCUCAAUAGUCUUGCAUUCCUCGUACUCGUGCAACAGACUCUUUUCAAGGCUGGUCCGGCCCAAACGUCGACCAUGUCUCACAACUCGAUUCCUUCGACACCCAUACGUCCGUGGAAGGAGAGUUGGGGUGACGACCAAGUGAUCCAACUGCUUGGUGUCACCAUCUCUCGUUUGCUCGAGGAAAGUAGAAUGAAUUGGGAUGGUCAUAACCUUUUGUUGGCCAUCAUCCAAUUGGUAUCCUAUAUUCUAAAUAACAGCAAACAGUCACAGACCAACCAAUCAACGCUCAUCCUCUUGCUACUCCAGUGUAGAAUGAUUGCAAAAGAGUGGGUAGAGACAUUGAAGCAACUCACCGAUCAAUCGCUUCGUAGUGCCAACCACAGCUCAGAGGUUUUGGAAAUGUACCGAAGAAAGCUGGUUUAUGCUUGUACAGCCAUCGUACUCACCUAUGAUUUUCAAUUGUACAACUUGCCCGAUUCUAGAAUCGACCCGCUUGUCAACCAACAAGACAACCAAUUCACUGGUAUUGUCGAUCUUGUAGGUGCUCUCAUCACCAUCCACAACAACACAUUUUACAAUGAACGAUUGGGUAAAAAACUAUCAAACGAGUUGGAAGAACAAGAACAGUUUGAUUAUCUCAUGACCAAGGUUGAUAUUAUCGCCCAUCAUCGUAGUAAACAGGUUCAUAAAACAGUCGAUUCAAAUUCUAUAUUGCUAUCGAAAAUCAUCUUGCAAUAUUGGUAUGAAGGAGGUAACAAUGAUCAGACAUCAUUACAAUUGUUUAAUGUUUGGAAGAGAUUUAUGACUAGUGAUGAAUGGGAAUGUGAUUAUAAUAAUGGUUUAACCAAAAUUAAAAUCAAUAUUGCCACUGGUUCGCUAUUAAUCAAUGGUGAAUCUAUUAAAAGAUUACCAAUUGAAAUUGAAUCUCAUUAUCUUUUUAAAAGAUUAUUUGAUACUAGUAUUUUUGAAGUUAUUAAUAUUUCAAAAAAUAGAUGGAGAACAAUUAGAAAAUAUUCAGGAAAAAGUUAUGAAUUUUUUAUUAGAGAAGGACAACAAUUAUUUGGAGAUGAUGAUCAACAUUCUAUAGGAGUAUGUGAAAUUCAUGAAAAUGGAGAUCAAUUUUAUUUGAUUGAUCAUCAACAUUUUGAUUUCCUACCUUUGGUUUUGGAGGAUGAAUAUUCUCAUUGGUUGGAUGCCAAGAAACAAAUGAUCGAAUUUAGAACAACCAAAUUCUCUAUGUUUAAUCAACAACCCAUUAAAUAUAUUGGUGAUUUGGGUCGUGGAACCAUCAAGAGAACCGAUAAUAACAAACUACUAGUCAAAGUAGAUGGUGAUUUAAAGGAAGAUAUUGAACAACUGUUUAAAUUGGAAAAUGAGGAUCACAUUCAUGUUUAUGAAAUCAGUCAAGAGGAUAGUGAAAAGUCAUACAAUGUUCAUUUGUACCAAUAUCGUUUGGAUUUCAAGGUCAAUUGUAAAUUGGGUGUCAUUGAAUCGGUACAAUACAGUGGAUAUAGAAUAUCAGAGAACCAAAAUAUUGGAACACUCAUUGGUUUGGAGACUCAAUUAAUAUUGCAACACUCGACAGCCGACAAGACAAAAGUAAUCAUUCCAAAUGCAAAGAUUGGUAUUAAAUCUGAAUUUGAACGUUUUGGUUGUGUCGAAGAGGAAGAUGACGAUGACCAAUACAAUGAACAAGAUGAAUCAUUCCCACCUCAAAGAGAAAGAGAUUCAAUUGAAGAUUUCUCAUACAUUAAUGGAUUGUCACAACAACUUCUUACUCAACCUUUUACAUUAGAGGUUAGUGAAAGAAGAAGAAAAAGAAUUAAUAAUCUAGACGAUGAAAUUGUAAAAGAACUAGAUGAAGAUGAAUUUGAAGAAAUUGAUCCUUCUUCAUCUGAAAAUGAGGAUGACAUUGACAAUGACAAUGAAAACGAUGAUGAUGAAGAUGCACAAUCAUCUACUUCCUUUUCCUCUUCUUCUUCAUCCUCCUCUUCCAACUCAGUUGAACGUAGUAGAUAUUUUAAUAUAUCAGAUACUGAUGUUGGUGCACUUCAAUAUCCAAGUUACUUUAUCUAUGAUUUGGAUAAACAAACUAGAUUGGUCAAGGCAUCAGAUAGUACUGCUCAUUUACAUUUAGCCUAUGCUCAUCUCAUGACCUCUUCGGCAUUCCCUGAUCCAUUCACUGGGUUGACAGGUCUUGAAUGUGCCAUUCUUCAACUUCAAAGCUUUAGAAACAAUGUUCAAUACACUGACCAACAAUUAUCGAUUCUCAAGAGAAUCAAGGAUGUUGCCCCUCGUCGCUAUGCCAUUCCCAAUCACUCGGGUCCCGGUCAUACAGUUCUCCAACACGUCGAUUUCAAGCACCCCCAACUAUCUCAUCCAGUCACACAAGAUGUCAUUGCUUUGGUCGUAGAUGAUAUUGUCAAGGGUAAUGACUCUAUAAAGUUCCUUUGGCCUUCAAAACCUACUUCAAUCAAUCCAAUUGUUCCAGAUACAAGAUUGAGUGAAGAUGAACAACAAGAAGAAGGAGAUAACAAAGAUGAAACUGAAGAAAAACCAUUAUCAUUUGAAGAAGAAGAAAAAGAAUGGAAAUUCGAAUUGAUUGAAUCAUUGGAAUUGAACCAAGCUUCAUAUUAUCGUAAUAGACAUUUAUUCUCACCUCAUAUACUUCCAAGUCAAGAUGUAUUGGAUCGUAUCAAGGUUAGUUUUGAAACGAUUGCUCUGACCAUGCCAUCUCAGUAUGCCAACUACUCUGCGAGGGUCACUAGAAUUGUCGAUCAUCCAAACCUCCAUAUUGACUCGUUGGAUCAUUCCUUGUCACCACUUGCGACACUUGAAAAGAGCGAUUUCCUCAAUAUGCACGGACCAGAGUUUGUCAAAGAGUUUGAUGACAUUAUAUCGUUUACGGGGUCACUCGACCAAGAGAAAAAAGAUACAGUAUUUAGCAAGUACUGGACAUCAUUGUAUUACAUGGCCACACAAGCAAACAAGGACAAGAUGCUAAGAGAAAAGUUCAAAUAUACAUUGACCUAUCUUCAAAUCUAUUUCCACAUGGAGAACUUGUUUUUGGAUCAAUUCUUUUAUUUAGUGCUACAACAAAGGGUUCAACUUGUCGAACCACCCUCUCCAACCUACUCACCACCACGUCAAGAAAUGGGGUCGUCUGCUAUCAUCCCUCAAUUGAUAUGGACAAACCCCAAAGAAACCUUUUCAAGAUUCAAGCUCACUGAAUAUAUCACCGAACAAUUAAAGACUCACCAUAGUUCAGUUCCCCAAAAUGAAGCACAAAGAAUCUAUGAUGCCAUCCUCGUACAACACAGUUGGGAGAAUGAUCCAUCUAGUCCCGAUAUUAUCGUUGCUCCAGUUGAAGUUGUUGGUUUUAAUCCUCCCAAUAUCCAUAGUCUUUAUCUACCAGACACUCUAAGAUUCAAUAAUUGGUUGAGUGAAACUAUCAAGAUUUGGGCUUCAAAUUCUAAACUAAAGAAAUUUCUUGCUCUAGUUUCUCGUAUAUUAAAUUUAAAUCCAAAUCAACCAAAUCAAAAAUCAAAUCAAAUUCCAAUCUUUUAUAAAGAUCAAGAUAAACCAAAUGUAAUUGAAUUUGAAUCAAUUGAAUGUGAAGAAUUACAACAUAGAAUGAAUUGGGAUUCAGAUAUAUUGGAUGUAAGAGAUUUAAAAGUUAGAAAAUGGUUUAAAAUUUGGAGUAAUGGUUAUGACAAGGUGAUAGAAACCUAUUUCUCUGAAUGUCUGAAAGAUUAUCAAGAUAAAAACAAGACCAACUCUAUUUAUUUGGAUCAAUUCUUUAAUCAAAAAGAAAAUUCAAUGAUUGAAAUGAAGAGAUUGUUUUAUCAAGAUUUAAAUGAAAGCAAGGAAUCUUUGAUCGAGAAAUUCAAUGUUCCACUCAAGAAACCACUUGGACAAGAGUCAUUGGAAAAGAAACUUGCCAAGAUUCAAAAACGUGUUGAGGAUCAAUCAAAGGAAAUUUGGAAGUUGAUUGAAGAAUAUUAUCUUGGAUCGACUGAUACUGCUGAUAAGAUGUAUCUUGCAGCUGGUUGUUGGAGAAAGUGUGUUCCAAAGAUUGUGUAUGGAGAUUUUAUCAACCAUUACACUGUCCACCACCUCUCUCAAAACGAUCAAUAUGCAGCUGGUAUGAAUUCAUUUUUAAAUCAAUCUAAAAACUCCAAGGAAAAGACCAUCCCAGAGGAAAUAUACAAGUUGAUUGGUGUCCACAUCCUCCUUCAAACCUAUCUACAAAAGAUUGCAAGAUGUAGAGAGGCUAGUACUGACGAAGACCUCGUUCAAGAAUUAUCUCAUAACCGUACCACUAGAACUUGGUCAUUGGAAGAAUACCCGUCAUGGUUGGUAUUUGAAUUGGAACAGUCCAUUUGGAUUAGAGACAUCCAAGCCGAUAUUGCAAUCAAAUUGAUGAGUGCAGACCAAAAUGAAUGUAUUCAAUUGCAAAUGGGUGAAGGAAAGACAUCGGUCAUUCUCCCAAUCAUGUGUUUGGCCAUGUCCAACAAAAAGAGUAUUGCUCGUGUCAAUGUUCUUCCAUCGCUGCUCCAAACAUCGGUUCACGAUCUCCAAAUGCGUUUAGGAUCUGCUAUUCUUAAUCGUCCAAUCUAUCUCUAUCCAUUCAAGCGUGAGAUGGGGUCACUCAUCACCAAUGAGCACAUUGAAAAGAUCAUGUCCAAUCUUGAACAAUGCCACAAACGCCAAGGUAUCAUCUUGUGUACGCCAGAGCAUCGUCUCUCGUUUGCACUCUAUUGGAAACUCAACUUUGACCGUUUGACAUCGAUGGAAGGUGUACUUAGAUAUUGGGACGAACACAUCUUUGACAUUAUGGAUGAGUGCGAUGAGAUUCUCUCGCAUCGCUACCAACUACUCUAUCCAACUGGAUCGAAAAUACCUUUGGAUGGUGGAUCAGACCGUUGGAAGGUUAUCCAAGAGGUACUAUCUGAACUCAAGAAUCUAGACUUUAGAGCAAUCGACAAGAAAAAGAUUGAAUUUAGAUCAAACAACUCUCAACAAUACCCAACCAUUGUUGUCUAUGACUUUGAUGAAGGUAGAAAGUUGAUGCACCAGUUAAUGAAGAGAAUGAUGCGUACUCUACCAUUCAACGCAUCGAAGGAAAAGUUGGGUGUUUUGGAAGCAUUCUGUUGGAUCGAUGCAGACAUUAAAGAAGAGGUACAUGUUCGUCACCAAAGAAUUAUCAAGGAUAUGACGAAUGACGAAUCGAUCCUCAAUAGAAUCUAUAUCUAUCGUGGUUUGUUCUCCAACGAUGUCUUGUUGCAUGCCCUUCAAAAGAUUUGGUCCAAUCAUUAUGGUAUUAGAUCAAGUGCCUCCUCGUCCAUGUCAUCACAACAAAAUGGUGACAGUUCCACUCUUCUUGCUGUCCCCUACCGUGCCAAGGACACACCCUCUGAAACUAGUGAAUUUGGACAUCCAGAGUUUGCCAUGAUUCUCACACACAUCUCCUACUAUAAUCAAGGCCUCACCUUUAAACAAUUUAAAAAGGCUCUUUAUCGUUUACUCACCUUCCACAAGACUCAAGCAUCGGAUAUCUAUCGUACUUGGACCGAUUACGAUCAAACCAUCGAACCAAAAUACCGUGAUAUCAAGUGUGUUGUUCGUUCUGACAUUUCCUUGAUUCGUCAUCUCCAUACCCUCUUCCGUUACAAUUGUAGAGUCAUCAAUUUCUGGUUGAAUGAAUUGGUAUUCCCAUUUGAAACCAAACAAUAUCCAUCCAAACUAUUUGCCAACCCAUGGGAUUUGGUUAAUCCAAAAGAUGAAAGAAAACAAUACAUCUCUUGUGGAUUUAGUGGUACCAAUGAUACUAAAUGUCUCUAUCCUCUUACCAUUCAACAGAGUGAAAUGAAUCAACUCAAAUAUACCAAUGUUCAAGUAUUGAAUUAUAUUCUUGGUCAAAAUGAUCAACAAAAUCAGGUUUCCAUUUUAAAACUUGGUGAAGAUAUUACUCAAAAGAUGACAACAAAACCAAACAACAACAACAAUAAUUCAUUUACAAAUGUAUUAAUUGAUGCUGGUGCAUUAAUGAUUGGACAAACAAAUGAACAAGUAGCAAGAAAUUGGUUAGCCAAGACACCACAAUCAAAGAUUGAUGGAGCACUCUUUUUCGAAAAUGAUAAAUUGACAUCAAUCGAUCGUGAUGGAAAGAAAUUCCUUUUUAGUCAAUCACCAUUUUCCGAAAGAUUGGAUCGUGUUAUUGUCUAUUUAGACGAUUAUCACACUCGUGGUGUUGAUAUUAAACUUCCCACACACUCUCAUGGUCUUGUAACUAUUGGUGCAAAGAUGACCAAAGAGAAACUCCUUCAGGCUUGUAUGAGAAUGAGAAAGCUUGGCAAGGGUCAUACUGUCUCGUUUGUCAUCCCAGAACAACUCAAUGUUUCACCAAGAGUCGUUGACAUUCUUCAUUGGACCAUCAACAACACCAUUGAGACCAAUGUCGCUGCAUUUGGACACUGGGGUCACCAAGGAAUGUUACACGCCCGUUUACAAUCGGCCAUGCAAUUGGUCAAACAUGGAAAGGCAUUUACUCGUUUAUCGUCACUUCCAGAGGUCACUCGUCUCGAGUCUAUGUACUGUGGCCAACACAAAGAGUACUUGGCAUCCAAGGUGAUUGAAAACCAAGCUUCGUCAAUGACCUAUCGAUUCGUACAAGACAUCAACUCUGAUGGAACCAUCCCUCAUGAAACUAAAGAGUAUGAAAAGGGUCAAUACUACCAAUUCCUCAAAGAAAUUGCACAACGUUCAAAGCAACUGGUCAACGAUGUCAAGAUCUACAGCUCACCAGUCGACGAGGAACAAGAACGAGAGUUUGAAAUUGAAAUUGAACUCGAAUCGGUUCAACAACCACCAGGUGUAAGAAAGGCAUGUCCAGCCAACAUUCAAACUCAAUUACUUAUGGAUCUUGUCACUGGUAAAAAGACAUUGGAUGUUCACUCGAGAUUCUAUAAAGAUUUUAUCUUUGAAGUCAAAGAGAUGUACAGAAAUACUAGUCUUUUCAACCUGGUCGAAUCUCUCGACGGAUCCUCUAGCCACUCGCUCACCAGUGCAACUACACCAUUUAGUUUAAACAUCAAGGUGACCAAAGAUUUUAUCAAUGCCGUCGAAAAAUCAACCUCUUUCAACUUUGAUAAGAUUCAAUAUGAUGAUGAAUUCCAAAGACCACUCAAUUAUUGUCUAGUUUUAUGGAAUGUUUCAGAUGAUAGAGAUAAAGAACCAUUUAUUGUUUUAGUUUCAAUGGCCGAAGCAAAUUGUUUGAUGGGAGAAAUCAAUAAAUUGGUAAAUGUACAUCAAACAAAUGACCAACAUCAUAGAAAUGUAGAUCAAGAGAUUAUUUAUGGAUCACUCCAUCAAACCAUUCCACAUGGUUCAUUGAUGAGAAAGAAUGAAGAAUAUUUUACUACCCUACACACUCCUCUUCCCACCACAGCAAGAUUAGAACUCUUGAACCCUCUACUCGUCCAACUCAACUUACUCAAUGGAUCACGUUACUUUGCUGACCAAUCAGCUGUUCGUAAAUUCCUUGGUAUUGUUAGACUAGAUACAAAGGAGGCCAUGUCAAAGCUUAUUGAUCAUUCCAUCGUCGACCAACUCGGUUUUAUUGGAAAGACCAAACAAUCACUCCUUGCCACCAAGCCAGCCAAUAUUACAGAUGAACAAUGGUCUCAAGUUGUAAAAACCAAACAAUCCACCAAGUUCCAAGUAUGUCCAAUUGAAUUCUUGAUCAAGAAUCUUCAAUUGCACAGAAUCUAUUCUACAAAUUAUUCUGAUCUAGAAUUAAUUCUUAAACAUUAA